ACAUGUUUUCGCACCUUCUGGUGGCAUCGGGUGCUGCCCUCAUCGUACUUUGCGGAAUUUGUGCAGCAGAACGCUCUUGGGAAUAUGAGCCAAAAUCUGUGACGGGAAGCUCCUCCGACGAAGAGAAAUUGAAAUUAUCGUUUCGGGUGGAUCGAAUCAAACGUGGUGAAUACGCCAUGUCCGGUGAAAUCGACUGGAAUUACGAUGUCGGAGAUGACACUAUGAUUGAAGUACUGUGCUAUCGAAGUUAUACAGGCGGUAACGAUUGGAAAAUAAUGCCGUGGUCGAUGCCCUACCAAAAAUUUGAAAAUUUCGUUAACACGUUCUACAAAGAUAUAGUUAUAAAAAACUUUGGACAUUGCACAAAUUUGCCUCGAUACGAGAAAAAAUAUCAGCCUCCAUGGCCGAAGAAGCUUUAUGUGUUUGAUCGCUGUGUGAUGAAUGGUGAUGGUUUUCCUGAUCAUGUGCUUGAGGGUUAUUACAAAGUAAUUGUCAAUUUUACCGGUGAGGUUCAUUGGGUACUCACAGCUGUGGCCAAAGUGACAACAAAAUUGUAUUAA